AUGGCCGCCUACCCCUACCGCCCGGGCGCCGGCCCCGGCCCUGCCGCGGGCGCCGCGCUGCCCGACCAGAGCUUCCUGUGGAACGUCUUCCAGAGGGUGGAUAAGGACCGCAGCGGCGUGAUCUCAGACAGCGAGCUGCAGCAGGCGCUGUCCAACGGUACCUGGACGCCCUUCAACCCCGUGACCGUGAGGUCCAUCAUAUCCAUGUUCGACCGCGAGAACAAGGCAGGCGUGAACUUUGGCGAGUUCACGGGCGUCUGGAAGUACAUCACCGACUGGCAGAACGUCUUCCGGACCUACGACAGGGACAACUCGGGCAUGAUCGACAAGAACGAGCUCAAGCAGGCGCUCUCAGGUUUUGGCUACCGGCUCUCGGACCAGUUUCACGACAUCCUCAUUCGAAAGUUUGACAGACAAGGACGGGGCCAGAUCGCGUUUGACGACUUCAUCCAGGGCUGCAUCGUCUUGCAGGUAGGGGCACCUGCUGGCGACAGGUCCUGGGUGCGGGCGGGCGCCUCGACCUGCAGUAACUGGGGCAGACCUCAGGGUUUGUCUCCAGAGCAGAUGAAAGCCAGUGUCAUCCCGUAAGGAGUCCCAGUUAGGGCAUCGGCAGUGGCACUCUUCCCGCGGGAACAUUCCAGAAACCCACUGGAAGCUUCCCAAGGCUGGUGGUGCGGCCACAGGUCUACUCUCAUGUUUUGUUUUCGUGUUGAACUGGGCUGCAGACCAGAGGUGGGAGGUGGGAGGACUCCCCAGAGACAGGGUGGGGAGCAGAGCAGCAGAUCCACUGAGAUCCACUGCUGAGGGGAGCAGCGGAGAGAGGAGAGGUCUGCUGUACCGUGUGGGUCAGCUCCCGGGCAAGAUCGAACCCAGGCCGUGGCGGUGACC